UUUGUGAAUUUGAUUUGGGAGACUCGUGUCUUAAGAGCCAAUGAAUUUCCAUGAAGUCACAUGAUGGAUUGGCAGAGCAGCCUCUCAAGUGUGCUUUGGUGUCUGUACUCUGAACACAUUUACUGCAAGGCCUGAAAGGAAGACAACUUGAAAUCUGACCAGGGCUAUUAAUAUUCUGUACCACAAACAGUAAACACAGGAAGAAAAAAAAAAAAAAAGACUGCAAAACCACAAAGGAUCAAGUCGGGAAACCAACUACAAGGGUUAGGGAGUAGAUGGUCGCUUCUGUUCACAGGUGAGUGAGCAAUUAGCAUUCCGGUUCCUGGAGACUCUGCCUAGAGCAGCUAAGGAGCAAAUAAAAUGUACAUUCAGAAGCCUAUGUACAGUCCCCUGAGCAUUUUUAGUGACAAUAGAGAACUGGUCUCAGGCAGCAAGACGCCGAAGUGCACACCUGAUCCACGUGGGGCGGAUCCUGGGGCUGGCUUCACGCCCCCUAUCCUAUCACCAGAGCCUGCGAUAGCAGGCCCGUAGUUAACUCCACAGCAGACUUCACAGUCCCUUUAAUAAAGACGCUACAGGGGAUUUUAAUCACGAUGAAGAGAAGGCCACACCCGCCUGAGGGCCUGCCCAUCCUCUCCCACCUUCCUUCCCCGCGGUCACCCGGGGACAGAGGCGAGACCGUGCUGGGUCGAGUCAGGACGCCGCCAGCUGAAGGCCAGGAAGGCGCCAACCAGGCCCCGGAGGGACCAGGAAGGAACAGAGCCCACAAGAUGGCGUCGAGCCCGCGCCGGGGCGGGGCGAGCCACGCCUCCCACAAUCCUAUGCGACACCUCCUCUUCCGGCUGUGGGCAGCAGGGUGGUCAGCGACUGCGGCCGGAAGCAGGCUGAGCGGCUCUGGGCGAGCGCCGCCUGUACUUCCGGGGACUUCAGCCUAGCUCUUGAGUUUUCCCUGUAGGCGGCGCGGGAGGGAAAAGUUUGCAGGGCCGUGCUGGGAAGAUCACCUCCGCUUCCCAAUGUGAGCAGUUUCUCGAACGCUCUCUCUAGAAGGUUGCCCAGAGAGGUGGUGGACGGGAACAUGAGGCAGCGUCUCCUCUUCCUGACCACUUUGGUGCCUUUCGUCCUGGCACCCCGACCUCCGGAGGAACCAGGCUCUGGCUCCCACCCGCGACUUGAGAAGCUUGAUUCUUUGCUCUCAGACUACGAUAUCCUCUCUUUAUCUAAUAUCCAGCAGCACUCCAUAAGGAAAAGGGAUCUACAGUCUGCGACACACUUAGAAACACUACUAACUUUUUCAGCUUUGAAAAGGCAUUUUAAAUUAUACUUGACAUCAAGUACAGAACGCUUUUCACAGAACUUGCGAGUCGUGGUGGUGGAUGGGAAAGAGGAAAGCGAGUACAGUGUGAAGUGGCAGGACUUCUUCAGCGGACAUGUGGUUGGUGAGCCUGACUCUAGGGUUCUAGCGCACAUAGGAGAUGAUGAUGUCACAGUAAGAAUCAACACAGAUGGGGCAGAAUAUAACAUAGAGCCACUUUGGAGGUUUGUUAAUGAUACUAAAGAUAAAAGGAUGCUGGUGUAUAAGUCUGAAGAUAUCAAGGAUUUUUCACGUUUGCAGUCUCCAAAAGUAUGUGGUUAUUUAAAUGCAGAUAGUGAAGAGUUGCUUCCAAAAGGGCUCAUAGACAGAGAGCCAUCUGAAGAGUUUGUCCGUCGAGUGAAGAGGCGAGCUGAACCUAACCCAUUGAAGAAUACUUGUAAAUUACUGGUGGUGGCAGAUCAUCGAUUUUAUAAGUACAUGGGCCGAGGAGAAGAGAGCACUACUACAAAUUACUUAAUAGAGUUAAUUGACCGAGUUGAUGACAUAUACCGGAACACCUCGUGGGACAAUGCAGGAUUUAAAGGUUAUGGAGUACAGAUAGAACAGAUUCGAAUUCUCAAGUCUCCACAAGAGGUAAAACCUGGUGAAAGACACUUCAAUAUGGCAAAAAGUUUUCCAAAUGAAGAAAAGGAUGCUUGGGAUGUGAAGAUGCUGCUGGAGCAAUUUAGCCUUGAUAUAGCUGAAGAGGCCUCUAAAGUCUGCCUGGCUCAUCUUUUCACCUACCAAGAUUUUGAUAUGGGAACUCUUGGAUUAGCUUACGUUGGUUCUCCCAGAGCAAACAGUCAUGGAGGGGUUUGUCCAAAAGCUUAUUACAACCCAGGUGUGAAGAAGAACAUCUAUUUGAAUAGUGGUCUGACAAGUACAAAAAAUUAUGGUAAAACCAUCCUUACAAAGGAGGCUGACCUGGUUACAACUCAUGAAUUGGGACACAAUUUUGGAGCAGAACAUGAUCCUGAUGGGCUGGCAGAGUGUGCCCCAAAUGAGGACCAAGGAGGAAAGUAUGUUAUGUACCCCAUAGCUGUGAGUGGUGACCAUGAGAAUAAUAAGAUGUUUUCAAACUGCAGUAAACAGUCCAUCUACAAGACCAUAGAAAGCAAGGCUCAAGAGUGCUUCCAGGAGCGCAGCAACAAGGUGUGCGGCAACUCCAGGGUGGACGAAGGAGAAGAGUGUGACCCGGGCAUCAUGUACCUGAACAACGACACCUGCUGCAAUAGUGACUGCACACUGAAGCCAGGUGUGCAGUGCAGUGAUAGGAAUAGUCCUUGCUGUAAAAAUUGUCAGUUUGAGACGGCCCAGAAGAAGUGCCAGGAGGCUAUCAAUGCUACUUGCAAAGGAGUGUCUUACUGCACAGGGAAUAGCAGUGAGUGCCCCCCACCAGGAGAUGCUGAAGAUGACACUGUGUGCUUGGACCUGGGCAAGUGCAAGGCUGGGAAAUGCAUCCCUUUCUGCAAGAGGGAGCAGGAGCUGGAGUCCUGCGCAUGUGCUGACACCGACAACUCGUGCAAGGUAUGCUGCAGGAACCUUUCUGGCCCAUGUGUGCCUUACGUCGAUGCAGAGCAAAAGAACUUAUUUUUGAGGAAAGGGAAGCCCUGUACAGUAGGGUUUUGUGACAUGAAUGGCAAAUGUGAGAAACGGGUACAGGACGUAAUUGAGCGGUUUUGGGAUUUCAUUGACCAGCUGAGCAUCAACACUUUUGGGAAGUUUCUGGCAGACAACAUCGUUGGGUCUGUUCUGGUUUUCUCCUUGAUAUUUUGGAUUCCUUUCAGCAUUCUUGUCCACUGUGUGGAUAAGAAACUGGACAAGCAGUAUGAGUCCCUGUCUCUGUUUCAUCACAGUAACAUUGAGAUGUUGAGCAGCAUGGACUCAGCAUCUGUUCGCAUUAUCAAGCCGUUCCCUGCACCCCAGACUCCAGGUCGUCUGCAGGCCCUGCAGCCGGCUGCAAUGAUGCCGCCAGUGUCUGCGGCUCCAAAACUGGAUCACCAGAGGAUGGACACCAUCCAGGAAGACCCCAGCACAGAUUCACAUGUGGAUGAUGAUGGCUUUGAGAAGGACCCCUUCCCCAACAGCAGUGCAGCCGCCAAGUCCUUUGAGGACCUCACAGACCACCCAGUCACCAGGAGUGAGAAGGCCGCCUCCUUCAAGCUGCAGCGUCAGAGCCGAGUUGACAGCAAAGAGACAGAGUGUUAGUGGGAGCCUGGGCCUGCUCUGGGGGACACAGACCUACAGAUGUUCCACAGAGCUGACCUGAAUCAAAAUAGACUGUAAUGAUCUGAGAAACGGGAGCAGCUUAGCAGAUGCUGGUCAUGUGACAGGACCUUCACAUGACAUCCUGUGUAUGUAGGCCCUUUGAAGAGGUGAGGUAAAUCUGGCUUAUUUAAGGCUUUCAGGUUUUGGGGUUUUCUUUUGUAAUCUAAAAAUCUCCUUUGACCUGUGGUGCAGAAGCAGAAAAUAAGGCUGGAUCAAGUUCCUGGUGACAGCACUGAUUAAGCCUUCAGUCUGUUUUUCUGUAUGCUGUAAGGUCCUCUCACUACGGUGAAGCACUUAGCAGUGAGGAUGACUGGAACACAGACUUUUUGGGGGUUUUGGCCUUCACAUGUGCGUUGUCUCCAAAUGCCGUCUGUCUUGGCACUGAACUUUGUGGAUACAGUCCUUUCCAAGAUGAAGACUAGCUCUGGAACAGUCUAUACAAACAGCCACAUGAACUUCAAGAUGGCCUAUUAACUGCUUAGCCCCAGGUUCCCUGGGCAGUUUUUCCGUUUUGCAAAAAGUGUCUUCACGGGUCUCUAAACAUUGUUUGCCUUAAAAAAUACUGGGCUGGAGAGUUGGCCCCACAGUUAAGAGCACUUGGUUUCAUUCCCAGUACCCACACGGUGGCUCUUAACUCCAAUCCCAGGGGAGAUGACAUCUUCUGAACUCUAGAACACAAGGCAUGCAUUGGUGCAGUCAAACAUGCAGGCAACACACACAAAUUUAGAAAGCCAAGUGCUGUAAGAAGUUGCACAUCCCCCAACCUACAGUGCUUCGCGGUCUGAGCUGGAGUGGAGCUCUCUCCUGAACACUCUGGAAGGCUGGCAGGUGCUGAGCUGGCUAGGGAGACGGGUGGGGCCCAGCCCUGGAAGAACCGUCUUCAGCCUCAGCAAGCAGACACUCGCGUUACCUCAGGCUUUGGGGCUUCAGGACCCAGGAUGUUUUGUACUUAUUGUGUGAGGAUAAAUACCAUUAGCCUGAAUUCUCAUUUCUGUAAGUUUUAGUUAUAAAAGCUUUUUUUCUUCUAAGAAUUGCAAUGUGCUCACCAGCAAACACGUCUUAACCAGAAUAACUUGUAACUCUGAGGACAGUUAACCAAACCUGUGCCUUGUCUCUCCUGAGGGUGUCUGUUACACUAAUACUUGAACAUGUACCUUGUGGUAUUGGCUCCUUUUACUAGUCAUGACAGCCUUAUAUGUUAGUUACACUUUGAGGAUUUGCUCUAAGGUGAGUGGGGUGUGUGGGUGUAUGUAUGAAUGAAACAGUUGGCAGAAUAUAAGAAAACCAUUUUUAUAAAAUUGUGACUUUUUAAACCAAAA